CGGCGCUAAGGCCCCGCGGCGGCGGCGGCGGCGGCGCUGCCGUGUUGACAGCGGCGGCCGCGCCGGGAGCUGCCCCGGGAAGCGGGUUGGCGGCGCCGGUUCUCCCGCUCCCCGCUCCGCUAUGGCCUUCAUGGAGAAGCCGCCGGCCGGCAAGGUGCUGCUGGACGACACGGUGCCGCUGACAGCGCAGAUCGAGGCGAGCCAGAGCCUGCACUCGCACACGGAAUACAUAAUCCGUGUUCAGAGAGGAGUUUCAGCAGAAAACAGUUGGCAGAUUGUGAGGCGAUACAGUGACUUUGACUUGCUUAAUAACAGCUUGCAGAUCUCAACUCUAAGUCUACCUCUUCCUCCAAAAAAAUUGAUUGGAAAUAUGGAGCGUGAAUUCAUUGCCGAAAGACAGAAGGGACUCCAGGCCUAUCUCGACGUAAUUACUACCCAUCACAUACUGUCUAACUGUGAACUGGUAAAGAAAUUCUUGGACCCAAACAGCUAUUCUGUAAACUACACUGAAAUUGCCUUACAGCACGUUUCAAUGUUCUUCCGAUCAGAGCCAAAGUGGGAAGUGGUAGAACCAUUAAAAGAUAUAGGCUGGCGAAUACGUAAGAAAUAUUUCUUAAUGAAGAUAAAGAAUCAACCAAAGGAACGGCUAGUGUUAAGCUGGGCUGAUCUUGGCCCUGAUAAGUACUUGUCUGACAAAGACUUACAGUAUGCUGUGAAACUUCUUUCUUCCUGUUCUCAUCCCUAUAUUUACAAAAUCACUUUUGCCAUUGCCAAUGAAUCUUCAGCACUGGUUAUUAGACCAUUCAGUGAAAAAGGGACACUCAAGGACCUUAUUUAUAAGGCAAAGCCAAAAGACCCAUUCUUGAAGAAGUAUUGCAAUCCUAAAAAAAUUCAAGGUCUUGAGCUUCAGCAAAUAAAAACGUAUGGAAGGCAAAUAUUAGAGGUAUUAAAAUUCUUACAUGAGAAAGGAUUUCCUUACGGCCAUCUUCACUCUGCCAAUGUGAUGUUGGAUGGGGAUACCUGCAAGUUACUGGAUCUUGAAAAUUCCUUGUUGGGACUUCCAUCAUUUUAUCGAUCAUACUUUUCACAGUUUCGGAAAAUUAAUACUUUAGAAGGUGUUGACGUACAUUGCUUUGGACACUUACUGUAUGAAAUGACGUAUGGAAGACCCCCAGACACGAUUCCAGUAGAGAGCUUCCCCCCUGCACCCUCAGUGUUUGUUGUGUCAGUGUUGGAAUCCAUUCUGACCUGUGAAGCUAUGAAGAAUGGCAUGCCAACUGUCUCACGGCUCUUACAGAUGCCAUUAUUCAGUGACGUCCUGCUAACAAACUCUGAGAAACCACAGUUUAAGAUUCCUACCAAGCUAAAAGAGGCAUUGAAAGUCUCCAAGGAAUGCAUAGAAAAGCGGUUAACAGAAGAACAGAAAUUGAUUCACCAGCACAGAAGGCUGACAAGAGCUCAAUCUCAUCAUGGCUCUGAAGAAGAAAAAAAGAAAAGGAAGAUCUUAGCACGAAAAAAGUCAAAACGUUCUGCCUAUGAAAGUGGGGAAGAACACUCAGCAAAAUACAGCAACUCAAAUAACUCAGCAGGCUCUGGGGCAAGUUCCCCGUUAACAUCUCCAUCAUCCCCCACUCCGCCCUCUACAGCAGAGCAUGCAUCAUUUUGAACGUGAAUUUUCGGAAAAGUAAGCUAAUGCUGAUUUAUCUCUUUAAAGAUGCUCUGUUUCUGAAUGGGAAAGUUGAAUGCAAAUCUUGAAUUUACUUAGUAUUGGGAGGGAGUAGAAGAAAAAAAUCUGAAUGUUCCUACAUAUUAUUUUAAUGAAAUACAGCAUCUUUAAAACCUCACUAAAAUGAUUUUCUUUGUUCGCAUCCCAUUCUCAGCCAAGUUUUUAAUGCUGUUUGCACAAUUACUGUCACUUUAAAUUCAUAAUUAAGUUUUUGUUUCAAUUCAGGCAUCAAGUUUACAGCAUCUGAUUUACUUCCUAUUCCUUUUAACACACUCUUUUAACAAAAAUGUCCCUGUAAAAACCCUUGGUAAGUUCUUGUUUGAGUGUUUUAUUCUUACUACUGCAUGAAUGAGUAGAAUGUGUGUGUGCAGGCAAUGUCUUCCAACGUGUGUAUUGGAAAGGCUGUUGCUGACAACUGAGCACUUGUCUUCAGUGUUUUCUUUCUAGUAAAUAUAGGAAAAUAUAUCACUGUUGGGCAGAACAGUUUAAUCUGUACAUGUAACUACAUAUGAGUACACGUGUGUGAACUCAGAUGUCCUUUUCACCACUCAUGUCAAGAAGGGAAGGACAGCUUGGUUUGGAUUGACUAACUGAAAUGAAUGGAUAUGAAGAUUUUUGGAAUCACGCUCUUAAUUACCAGGUUCAAUAUGUAAUGCUCUUGACUAGUCACAUACCAUUCUGAGCCCUGUAUUUACGUUUUAAGGCAGAGUUCAGGUGUAAGAGUAUCAUUGUCUGUUAUCAGUCUCACAAGAGUUUUAUUGCAUGAUGUUGUCAGCAGCUCAAUUUCAAUAAUAGUGAGUCUUGAGGAAUUUGACAAUUUUCCAGGAAGGAAGGUGACCUCUCCCCCUACACUUCCCUGUCUUUUCUACCCAAAAUAACCAGACCAAAAUUUGAAGAUAGACAUGGAAUCUUGGCCCAAUCAUACUAAGUCAUCCAAGCAUUUUGUGUCGUUUUUGCCCCGCCCCCUGUCAAACAUGUGCCUUCUUCCACUGCACGUGUUACCGUUGUAUUUGUAUUCCCUGCAGUCCUGGCUGCUGUUUUUGUGGUCAAUUCCCUAUUGCAUCUUGUACAGCUACUUGCAUAGCCUCUUCAGCCUCACCUUGCAAUUCCAGACAAAAAUCUUGUCUUUGUUCUCUGCAGUUCUUGGCAUCUCUUUGAAGCCAUUUAAUCUCUGAGUAGCUGCUCUUGCUGCUCUUACAGCAGCUCACCUGAUCUGUUUGGGGACAGGUUGGUGUGCCAGUCCUAUAGCUUCUGCUCUGACCACUUCAGUCAUAAAAUGGUUACUUGAACUAUUCUUGGUCUUGUUCUUCCUUUGGCAAAGUGCCAAGUUUUCUUUUCCUGGCAGUCCAUCCAUGUAAGAAACAGGACUCUGACCCAGGGAAUGGUUUUCCAGUAUUUCUAAAAGUAAAUAGACUUACAUCUUUGGCAAGUGUAAAAAGCAGAUUUGGGUAAGUUAGAAGCCAGUGUGUUUUGUUUUGAUUAUUUCAGAGAACAGUUGAUCCACAUGCACCAGGAACAUUAAAUUGUUUCAGUUGAUCUCUGGUAUUUCUGUUAGGACUUGAGUAUUUCCUCUGGAAGGGAAGAGAGUGAAUAUGAGCUCAAUAUGUACUUCCAUGUUUUGUUUUCACAAAAGGCUUUCAUGCCAAUAAGAAUUUCUCCUGAAGAGCUGGAAUUGCUACAAUCACAGCACAUACUAAUGUACGAUGGCAAAAUUGGACACUGUGUGAAUACUUUGCAUUUUGAGCUUGAUUCCAUAUGAGAGAAGUCUCUCUUCAAAGACUAGUACAAACAGAAAAUGAGGGAGCUUUGAGUUAUGUCUUUCAUGUAGUAGUGUAACUGCUUAAUAACAGCAGUUAUGUUUUUACUGCUACUUUUUAGUCUGAAAACAAGUGUUAGUGAGGAAUUGAGAGAGAAAUGGAGCACAGAGAACUUUUGUCUGCUUUUUUUCCUGUAGUUAAGCCUUAUCCAUUAUCAAAUACCUCUUGAGUCUGUGUGGCAUAAUGUCCUUCAACUGCUUGGUUUUUUCUCACUUCAUAGCAAGCAGUUCUACUUCAGUAACCAGUGUCUUGGUUGCCCUCAUGUUGUUUUGCUUUGUGCAGUAUCUUUCUUACCAGUAUAUUUCUCCUUGUAGGUUAGAGCUACUGGAAGCAAGUGUUAGAAUAUAGGUGCCAUUUACCUCUCUAGUCUUCAUGUGGAACAAGUAUGAUCUAGAUGAUGGAGUUAAAAUUCACUGCUGAAUAGUUCUAAGAUACUAAUCAUUAUGCCCCUACUCCUUCCAGAAUAUAUGAGACAAGACAGGCCUAUUAUUCCUAUACUUGUGUAGAAAUGAUGGUGCAAUGUGCAGCAGCAGAGCUGCCCAAGGUCAGGGUGUUUGGCAGAGCAGCCUAGGGCAAAUUAGGCCACUUGCCUGGAUCUAAACUGCCAGAAAGCACCUCCAUGCAGGCCCUCACUGCUGGACUAGCUCCCCACAUGCACUGUGUGGGCUCUGGCUUUCCAGGGAGUCAGGAUGUGGAGGCUGAGGAAUGAUGAUAAGCACACAGUGAAUGCACAACUGGGGUGAAGAGCAAAGGCCACAGUGUAAAGGUGGCUGGUGGGAACAGGAGAGGCAGGCAAAAGGUGUGUGUCAUAGUGUUGUGGCUCAUUCAGUCUGUCAAAGAAGCAUUUGUUGCAACAUGUUUGACGAAAGUGGACAGCGGAAGUGUAAAACACUUCCAGAAAACUCUAUCUGCAGUUAGUACUUUAAAAAUGGACUAUAAUCUAACCAAGCAAAAUGGUCAUCACAAAUACUACAGUGAUGUGGUCCUUCAAAGAACAUAAAGUGUGUUAAGGAAGAAAGAACAGGUAGUAAAAUUUGCUUCCAGUCUCUGUUACUGUUCAUGUCCCAGAAAACAAACUGCUUUACAAGGGACAAACAAGAGUGGGGAAGUCCCAUUAAGUGAUCUCCAUUUUCUUCAGAUCACAUUUGAGUCACGUUU